UGUGAUCGGCUCCCUGCCCUGACAGGAAACCCAGUGCAAAUCCGCAAAUCCCGCAGAGCCCUGCUGUACUCAGCCGAGAGGGGUUCCUCAGGAAUUGGGACAUCAAUUCGUUAUUGCCUAAGGAGGGUGUCGUUUUACCUAGCGACAGUCCUCAAAGUGGCCUGGAGACGGGAGGAAACACCUUCUCGGAAAGGAAUAUGAUAGACAUUUGUAAAGGCACCAGACAACGAGGAUUGUGUCUUCUGCCUGCGGAUCUGAAAGCCGAGUCACAAGACAGCAGGUUAACUCGCUUUGCAGGCCGGGCAGGACUCUGCUGCUGACUAUGGACAACCAAGGGUACUGCGGCGAGAGCUUCAACAGCCUGCAGAGUGGCACAAGUGACGAAGACAUGGUGGAGAUUGCUGGAGCCACUCUGGACUUCUCCGUCACGGAUGAUGUGCCUCCUCUGGACAGGGAAUAUGCUGGAGGCUACAACACUUAUACUGGCGAAGGGAUGAAUGGCACCAGCAAGCUGAUGGAUUUCCUUGAUGAGCCUGUUCCAGGAGUGGGAACAUAUGAGGAUUUCAACACCAUUGACUGGGUCAGGGAGAAGUCCAAGGACCGGGACAGACACAGAGAGAUUGCCAGUAAAAGCAAGGAGUCGACGUGGGCUCUGAUCCAGAGUGUGAGCGAUGCCUUCUCGGGCUGGCUGCUCAUGCUGCUCAUUGGGCUGAUGGCAGGGGCCCUGGCUGGGGGGAUCGACAUUUCUGCUCACUGGAUGACGGACCUGAAGGACGGGGUGUGUCUCAAUGGGUUCUGGUUCAAUCACGAGCACUGCUGCUGGACUUCCAACGAGACCACUUUCAUGGAGAGGGACAAGUGCCCCCAGUGGAAGAGCUGGGCUGAGCUCAUCAUCGGCCACUCUGAAGGGGCGUUUGCGUACAUAACAAACUACUUGAUGUAUGUCAGCUGGGCCCUGCUCUUCGCCUUCCUGGCUGUGUCUCUGGUCAGGGCUUUUGCACCUUAUGCCUGUGGCUCUGGUAUCUCAGAGAUCAAGACAAUCCUGAGUGGCUUCAUCAUCCGUGGCUACCUGGGCAAGUGGACCCUGAUAAUUAAGACCAUCACACUGGUUCUGGCGGUGUCCUCAGGGCUGAGCCUGGGCAAGGAGGGCCCACUGGUGCAUGUGGCAUGCUGCUGUGGCAACAUCCUCUGUCAUCUCUUUACCAAAUACCGGAAGAAUGAGGCGAAGCGCAGAGAGGUGCUGUCAGCGGCAGCCGCAGUCGGAGUGUCAGUGGCGUUUGGAGCUCCUAUAGGAGGAGUCCUGUUCAGCUUGGAGGAGGUCAGCUACUAUUUCCCCCUGAAGACACUGUGGCGGUCCUUCUUUGCAGCCUUGGUGGCUGCCUUCACCCUGCGCUCCAUCAAUCCUUUUGGAAACAGCAAGCUGGUGCUCUUCUAUGUGGAAUUCCACAGUCCUUGGCACCUGUUGGAGUUGAUUCCCUUCAUUCUGCUGGGAAUCUUCGGGGGUCUGUGGGGUGCCUUCUUCAUUCGGACUAACAUCGCCUGGUGCCGCAGGCGUAAGACCACCAAACUGGGACAUUACCCAGUGCUGGAGGUGCUGGUGGUGACAGCAGUGACGGCCAUCUUGGCGUUCCCCAACGACUACACCCGCAUCAGCACCAGCGAGCUCAUCUCCGAGCUCUUCAACGACUGUGGCCUGCUGGACUCCUCCAAGCUCUGUGACUACAUCAACCUCAACAGCUCCAAAAGCAGCAAUGAGCUGCCCGACCGCCCCGCCAAUAGCAAUGUCUAUACAGCCAUGUGGCAGCUUGCUCUGGCCCUAAUCUUCAAGGUCCUCAUCACCAUUGUCACCUUCGGCAUGAAGGUCCCCUCUGGUCUCUUCAUCCCCAGCAUGGCAGUGGGAGCCAUCACUGGGAGACUACUGGGAGUGGGAAUGGAGCAACUGGCCUACUACCACCAUGACUGGGUGAUCUUCAAGGGCUGGUGCACCCCUGGGGCAGACUGCAUCACCCCAGGGCUGUAUGCCAUGGUGGGGGCAGCAGCCUGUCUGGGUGGAGUGACCAGGAUGACCGUAUCGCUGGUGGUCAUCAUGUUUGAGCUGACUGGUGGGCUGGAGUACAUUGUUCCCUUGAUGGCUGCUGCAAUGACCAGCAAGUGGGUGGCUGACGCCAUUGGGCGAGAAGGAAUCUAUGAAGCCCAUAUACGCCUCAACGGCUAUCCCUUCCUGGAGGCCAAAGAGGAGUUUGGCCACAAGACCUUGGCCAUGGAUGUGAUGCGUCCGCGGAGGAGUGACCCACCCUUGACGGUGCUCACCCAAGACCACAUGACAGUGGAGGACGUGGAGACACUAAUCAGCGAGACCACCUACAGCGGGUUCCCCGUGGUGGUUUCCCAUGAGUCCCAGAGGCUGGUGGGCUUCGUCCUGAGACGAGACCUUGUCAUCUCAAUAGAAAACGCCCGCAAACGCCAGGAUGGGAUUGUGAGCACAUCACACAUUUACUUCACAGAGUACAUGCCUCCCCAGCCCUCCACCAGCCCGGCACAGCUCAAACUGCGCAGCAUCAUGGACCUCAGCCCCUUCACCGUCACUGACCACACGCCCAUGGAGAUUGUGGUGGACAUCUUCCGGAAGCUGGGACUGCGGCAGUGCCUCGUCACACACAACGGGCGUCUUUUAGGAAUUAUCACCAAAAAGGACAUUUUGAAACACAUGGCUCAGAUGGCUAACAGGGAUCCCGAUUCCAUUCUCUUUAACUGAAGACACCCGCCGUGUUGAUCUGUUGAGAGCCGUUACUUCUGUGUGAAACCUGCAGACCAGCCAGAUUAAUUUGCACUACUUUCACUGGGGUAAAUCUUUCCCACAGUGUGAGGGACAGAAUGCUCUGUGCGACCUGUUAACUAGAACUAUGGAUGGAAGUGAAGUUGCACUACCCUCAGUGACCCCAUAAAGAGCUGUGGCUAGAUGUUCUGAAAAUAUUUGCACCCCUCAGGACUGACAGGAAACCCUGAGCCAAACUGGAUGGCUGCCUCUCCUGUGUCUAGUCUGUCACCGUAAACACUUCAGGGAUCUAUUGCUGAGCAGUGGCUUCAACAGCCUUGACUGACUGGAACAGAAACACUGGGGAAGAAGGAAACAGAGUUGCUUUAGGGCCAUAAUGGAUCACAGCCUCCUCCUGCUUCCUUUAUGGACCUGUGGGUCUGACAAAUGUCAGUGGGUUGGCUUUUCACUUCUCUAACUUCUAACUUCUAGGACAUGAGAAUUUAAAUGUGCAUUGGGUUUUGCAAUUCUAGUUGUGAGGAGUGGGACAGCAUGGAGGUUUUCCCUUUUAAACAAAGGUACUGAACUGAUUUCGAUAUGCAAGCGAAUGGACAUGAGGCAUGUGUUCUCUCCACUGGGAGUUCCAUUGAGUUCUGGAUAUAACUGCUCCGAUUAAUAAUCAGAUCAUACAUUGGAUCCACAGAUACCCAGUGCAAAUGGCAUUUCAGCUUGCAUCAGUUGAUUCAAAAAAACUACAUGGUUUACGUAACUGGAACAUGAGCUGGAUUCAGCUCCAACCACAACCUCCUGUUGGUUUUUCAGCAUGGUGGUAAUUAGUUUUUUUAAAAGAAAAAACAGAUUCUUAGCUGUUUGUCAGAUUGUUUAAAGCAGGAGCCAGUCUGACAAAACAGGUGGAAUGUUGGGUGCUUAAUAUUGUGAAAAAAAGUAAGCUUUACUCCAGUUACUGAAAUACCUGGGUCAGGGUCAAUUACUUGGAGAACUGGCAUGAAAGACAUUGGUUGCUGGAGUUAAAUUUGCUUGCUUCAUUACUACCAUAUCAAGGUUUGGAAUAACUGUGUCUUUUAGUUUAUCGAAGUGAGAGAAAUUAUUCAUGUGUGAUCAGUUCCUAAGUUAAGCUUAACUGCAAUCACUGCACAUACAGUAGGUAUAUUUUUAAUGAAUUGCUUUUCAGAUCUCUCUUGGUGAUGGAAUAUAAUCACUUCACAUGAUGUUACCCUUCAGGUUAUGCACUCAAUACGUUUUUGUAAUUCUUGUCAUCGUUCAUUCAGUUUUUGUGUAUCAGAUUCUCUGAUCCUUCUGAUAAACUGGGUUUUGGUCUUUGAUACUUUUGAAUGGUCACGGUGUGCUACGGUUAUCAAGCUUGGUUAAUCUCUUCCUUGUACUGGAAUUGUGGAAAACUCAAUUGCCCAAAAAAUGUGACGGAAAGCCACACAAAAUUGAAAACUGAAGCUUGUUGUCCUCGUUUAUUUAUUUCUCUGUUAUUAGUGUGAUUUAAUUUUUGUCUGUCUAGAAAAAAAACAUGAUAAAGUGAGAGACUGAUGUGUUAUACAGCAAUUGACCAUAUUGUUUCUUCUCAGACUAUUAUGGUAGUUGCACUGCACAUUUAACUUCCUCAGUCCAAACUAUUAUCUGCAGUGAUGUCAGCAUAAAUACUAUUAACUAUACAGGUAAACACAUUGAUUUGACUUAAUAGAGAUACAGUUCCCUUAUAGAUUUCAGCACUGAAGAAGCACAGAGAAGAUCUUAUAGGUAUUCCCUCUUUGAAUGAACAACAAAGAAAGUUGACCUUGCCACUUGAAGAGUCACUUUCACCUUAGCACACAAGUUUGUCAUGCAUGCUUUUGGGUCCAGGGCUAGGAAACAAGAUAGAGGGAAAUGCCAACCACUGUGUUUAAAGCCAGUGCCUGAUCUGCAGGGCGCAAGUCUCUUUGUGUCCACAGGGUGUCACUCUGUGUUGCUCUGUGUGGACUAAAAAGAGUUUUCUCAGUUUUUAACAAUGACGUUCAUUGAGCUUUUUGCUAAUUAAUUUUGACAAAACAGUCACUCUGCUGUGCCGUAAUCAGAGUCACAGUUUUUCAUUGACGCUAGUUUCCAUUGAUCUUGUCCUCAGAAGUCUCUGGGAACUUCUGGGAACUUCUGCUGGAAUCUCAAUUCCGAUUCCUAGAAAUGUGGAAAAAGAAUGACGAUGUCGUUUUCUGUAGUCUUGGUCAGUGCCCAAGUGACUGUGGUCUCAGCAAAACAGUUUAUACAGUCCCUGACAUAAGUAUUGCCAUCCUCCUCCUCUAGCAGUGUUAUUCACAUCUAAUCAUAUUUUAUCAUAUUCCUAAUUACAUCUAAUAGUAUUUGUAUUCUCUGUUUUAGGUUAAUUGAAUUUACAUUCAUUCUACCAAUACACAGCUGUGGAUACUAAUAUCAAGAAAACUGUAAUACAGAGUUUAUACUACAGUGCAGAUUUACAUAUUCACAGCUGGCAUUUAAAAUUUAAAUUAAUUCUCAAACCAUCUGAACCACAGUUUGCUAGGGUGAACAAGUGUUAAGCAUAAAAAGUGAUUUCACAAUCAAGGAUUUACUACAUUUAAUAAAAAAGCUAACAGCACUGUUUUGAGAUAGAGACAGUUUUUGCUUGCCGCAUGCUUGCCAUUGGCUGUAUGAGCCUAAAAAUGCAUUUAUCCAGUUUUCUCACCACUGACUUGACAGUGGAUGCAGGGAACUGUUAGUACUUUGUGUGCUUGGUUUCUGUAAGACAGAAGAGACCUUGGCUGUAAUGUACCCAGUGUGCCAUAUAAUCAGUAUAAUCCAAGCAUUGAAUGCCAGGCCUUUAAUUGAAAGGGUAAUGCCCUUCAUCACUUUUUGACUGCUUGUUAGUGUGUGGUUCGGCCUGUCUUUCUGAGGGCAAAAUGAAUGGCAAGAUUGAGAAUUCAACUUAAAGCAGUAGAAAGGUCUUUGUAUUCCAAGAAUUUAGCAUUAAGGGGGCAUUGUUUAAGAAACUUGGCUGGGUGUGCAGUUCAUUUACAUAGUGUCUCUGUUUAUUUCCUCUGCGUCUUCAACUGGGCUGGAGAAUGAGCCAUUGAUUCCCCUAGCCACACUGGGGGAUGUGUUUGUGUUUUGGCUCCUAUGCAAGGCGAAUAAAGCGCAGGAUGUUUUGAACUAUUUCUUCGGCUGCCAAUACUACAAGGGGGGCAUAGUUUUAGAACUCCGAUUCCCGCUGUUCCAGGGACAAAAAGGUUUUGAGGCGGCCUUUAGCUCUUGAAAUCUCAGCAGAUUCUUCAAAAUACAAACGUUUGGAGUCAAAAUAGCCGGUGGCAAAUGCGUAUUGCACUGUUUUUGUUUCAUUUAGCAAGGGUAUCCAAACCACUCGAUCUAUUUUUUUUUAUUGCAUUUUUCUGGGCAUGUAAGGUACUGUUUUUGUCAGCCUUAGCAGAAUAAUUACUAGAUGCAGUAGCUCUCUAGUAACUUUAUAGUCUUGUAUUGUGCAAUCUCUAUGUUGUAACUCGGAUGCUAAUCUAAAUCAGUGUUUCGGAGGCAUGUUGCUGCAGUUUGGGUUUGUAAGAGCCCAAGUGGCUCUACCCUCAAUGAAGGGAUUUCCCCUGUUGAUCAUUUGUCGCCAAUGGGAAGGGGCAGCACUUUUAUAAGAGAUGGAAGACCGAAGUGCAAAUAUGUGGUGGAUGUAGACAGAGCUGCUCUGUUCUCUGUGAAUGUACAGAAGGCUCAGAGCGCUCAGCAUUGGUGGGGAGGGGCAGGGCAUAGACAAGAGGACCGAAAAGGAUGUGAUCCAGACAAAAGCGCUAGAUUGAAUUUCCUGUCAAAUGAGUCUAUGCUUUAUGACACCCACCUCUCCAUUGUGAAUUAACCACUUACAGUAUGACUCACCUGGCUCGUACUAUCCUGUAAGAAUAGUGUGUGGCUGCUUAAGGAGAAGCUAAAAAGCCAGUCUGAAACUUCCCUAUAUCUAUAUCAAUAUUUUUCCAUCCUUGGGAUAGUAAGAGAACAUGCUAAAGCACUCCACACAUUGAUUUCUUUGAUUUUACAAUGUCAUGUAGCUACUCUCCAUGUGAUUUUGUUCAUUGAAACACGAUUGUUGUAACAUUCCAUUAUAAUGGUGUACCCACUGCACAUGAAUGUGAAUAAAAUGAAUCAUUUAUUCACGUAACUGAAUUUGCCUUUAUAAUGAAUUAAAUACUGAAAUUUA